UCUCUCUAUAGCCACCGACGAAAGCCCAAUGAAAAUUCUAAAAUCUAUAUAAAUAUAUAACCAUUAAUCGAUUGUCUUGCUCUUGCAUGAUGAUAUUGUAAUUUGUGACUAACGAAACAAGUACACAUACAAAGAAGAAAUAGUCAUAUUAUGCGAGAUAUGUUGAUCGUCUUCUCAGUUCUUCUUCUGUUCUUUACCAUCUUCACAGGCUUCUUAGCAAUUUCAACAACAUCAUUUUCGUCAGCUCUUCAUCCAGAUGAGUUGAAUGCGCUAGAGAAGAUAGCUACGACACUUGGUAUCAAGGGACUGAACCUAAGCAAUGGAGACCCUUGCAGUUUAGGAACCCUAAAGAUGAGGCAAGACGUUGAUGGUGCUUCUAACCCGGAGAAUAGAAACAGCACCAUUCGUUGUGAUUGUAGUUUCAACAACAGUAGGAUAUGUCAUAUAACAAGCAUAGAUCUCAAGACCCUUAGCCUUCCAGGAAAACUUCCACCAGAGUUGGCUGAACUUCGAUAUCUAAGAUCGAUAGACUUGUGCCGAAACUACCUUUCAGGCACAAUCCCAAUGGAGUGGGCUUCAUUGCCUUACCUCACUUCCAUCUCGCUCUGUGCAAAUAACUUGUCUGGGCCUUUACCAACUGGAUUACAAAACUUCAAGAAUCUGACUGUUCUAGCGCUUGAAGCCAAUCAGUUCUCUGGUCCUAUUCCUGAUGAACUUGGUAACUUGACAUCCCUAACAAGAUUGCAUCUUACUUCCAAUCAAUUUACAGGAAGCCUACCUAACACUCUAGCUAGACUGGUGAACCUUACAGAUUUUAGGGUAAGUGAUAACAACUUCAAUGGUACUAUUCCAGCAUAUAUUGGCAACUGGUCUCGGCUUCAAAAGCUAGCUUUACAGGCAAGCGGACUGAAAGGUCCUAUUCCUGAUGCAGUUGCUCGCCUAGAAAAUCUUAUUCAUCUGAGUAUGAGUGAUACAACUGGGAUAGCCUCCUUUCCAAAUAUAUCCAGCAAAGUCAUCAGAAAACUAAUUUUGAGGAAUGUAAGUUUGUCUGGUCCAAUUCCUUCUUACAUAUGGAAUCUGCCAGACCUAACGACUCUGGACUUGUCAUUUAACAGCUUGACUGGUGAAGUUCAUGGAAUCCAAAAAGCACCAAAAUACACCUAUUUGACUAGAAAUAGGCUUUCUGGAGAUGCUGGAUCUGGUGGUUUUCUCAAUAGCAAAUCUAAUAUUGAUAUCUCUUAUAACAAUUUCUCUUGGCGAUCGACCUGCCAGGAUAAGAGCAACAUUAACACAUACCAGAGCUCUUAUCUUAAAAACAAUUUGACUGGGCUUCUUCCAUGUGCUGGUCCAAUCAACUGCACAAGCUAUCAGCGAACACUACAUAUUAAUUGUGGUGGAGACAACAUAGCUAUUAAAAAUUCCUCUCAUAAAAUCACUUAUCAAGCUGAUAAUAGUACAAUCCAUCCCGCAACAAAUCAACACUUCAAGACAUGGGGAGUUAGUAACACAGGCGUAUUUAUCUCGAAUGAAAAUAGUGAGGAUGAUACGUACAUCAUUUCAACUAGUUUGACACUACCUGGAGAUUCUCCUGAUCUUUAUAAGACGGCACGUAGAUCUGCUCUCUCACUUGUUUAUUAUGCGUUUUGCUUGGAAAAUGGACCCUACAAUGUGAAACUCCAUUUUAUGGAGAUUCAGUUUUCAGACAAACAACCAUACAGUGGUCUCGGCAGACGCAUGUUUGACGUCUAUGUUCAGGGGAAAUUAUUUUUAAGGAAUUUUAACAUUAGAGAGGAGGCUAAAGGGAGUCUGACGCCUGUUGUGAAAGAACUGAAAGCUGUUAACGUGACUGAUCAUUUGUUAGAGAUUCAGCUAUAUUGGGCUGGGAAAGGGACAACGCUCAUACCCAAAAGAGGAAAUUAUGGUCCUCUUAUCUCUGCAAUCUCCUUGUGUCACAAUAGUAUGGAGCCACAAUGUGGAGCUGAGAAAAUAAAAGGUCGCAUUAAUUAUCCCCUAAUUUUGGGGGCAGUGGGUGCCUUGGUAACAGUUAUUCUCUUGGCUUUAGGAGUAUAUGCUCAGAGAAGAUGCACAAGAGACAAGAAUACAAGAGAACUAGAACUGAGAGCCAAGGGUCUUCCAACGGUUUGCUUUACAUGGAAGCAACUUCAAGCUGCAACAAACUAUUUUGAUCAAUCCAACAAACUUGGAGAAGGAGGUUUCGGAUCAGUAUUCAAAGGAGAGCUGUCAGAUGGAACUAUAAUAGCAGUCAAGCAGCUCUCUUCCAAGUCAUGCCAAGGAAACAGAGAAUUCGUGAAUGAGAUAGGGAUGAUCUCUGGUCUGAAUCAUCCAAACCUUGUCAAGCUUUAUGGAUGCUGUGUCGAAAAGGAUCAACUGCUGCUCGUGUAUGAAUACAUGGAAAACAACUCCCUUGCUCUUAUGCUGCAUGGAAAGAGUUCUUUGAACCUGGACUGGGAAGCGAGACAAAAAAUCUGUGUGGGAAUCGCAAGAGGGCUUGAAUUCCUGCAUGAAGGAUCGAUGAUCAGAAUGGUUCACCGUGACAUAAAAACCACAAAUGUGCUUCUAGACGCUGACCUAAAUGCAAAGAUAUCUGACUUUGGAUUGGCUAGGCUCCAUGGAGAAGAAGAAGAACACACUCACAUUAGCACCAAAAUUUCAGGAACCAUUGGAUAUAUGGCUCCAGAGUAUGCAUUAUGGGGUCAGCUGUCAGAGAAAGCAGACGUGUAUAGCUUCGGGGUUGUGGCAAUGGAAAUUGCUAGUGGGAAGAGCAAUACUAAACACAAGGGAAGUGCUGAUCACGUCUCUCUUAUCAAUUGGGCAUUGACGCUGCAACAGGCAGGGGAGAUAACGGAGAUGGUAGAUCCAGCGCUCGAAGGUAACUUCAACAGCAAAGAAGCAGUAAGGAUGAUCAAAGUUGCUCUCGCUUGCACAAUCUCAUCUCCAUCCUUAAGACCAACCAUGUCAGAGGUGGUACAAAUGCUCAGCGGGGAGAUAGAGAUAACAGAGGUUUUAUCAGAUCCUGGUUUAUAUGGACAUAACUGGAGCUUGUCAAAGCUGAGGGACGUUGUUGAUACGGAUGGUAGCUUGAGCACGUCUGUUUUCACCGAUCAAACGGCAACGAACACGGAAUCCUCUGUUUCUGGUUAUGAUCUCUAUCCAUUGCGCUCUGAAUCAAUGAUUCUAAACUCCACAAUUGAGUUUUCUUCCUCGUCACGUUAAUAUAAAAAAAAAGAAAAACUAUGCACGUUGCCUGAAAGAGGCAAAGAUUGUGAAAUUAUUGUAUAGAACCUUACUACUAGCUCAUUUCACUGAAGUUGUUUAAACCUUACUACUAGCUCAGUUUAUAUAGAACCAAAUUAUGGGUAUAUGUAUGAAUGUUUAUCUAAUUCGAUUCAAUGGUGAGUUGUUUCAAAUAUUUUUGUUAGAAGA